GCUCUUGAGGAGGCUUGCUCUUUAUAAAUAUUUUUUCAGAGGUUAAAAAUUAAAUUUCAAAAGAAUAUCUGGAUUGCAGAAGAGUUCACAGUAGAGACACAGACCCUGACUGUCUCCAACAUGAAGCUGGCUCAUAUUACUCUGUUACUUGUGUGCUUCUCCUUAAGUUUUGGCAAGGUUAAUUAUAGAAGAGUAGAAAAAAUGAAGAUAGCAAAGAAUCCAGAGCCCUCUUUGACAUCAGGCAUAUCUCAAGAGGAUCUUGUGGACAAAAAGUGCUUAACUGAAAAAUACACGCAUCUCUCCUGUAAUAAAGUCUUCUGCCAACCAUGGCAGAAAUGCAUCGAGGGGACCUGUACCUGUAAAAUUCCUUAUCAGUGCCCAAAGAAUGGUACUAGGGUGUGUUCAACCAACGGGAAAAGCUACCCAACUUACUGUCACCAAAAGAGUUUUGAAUGUCUUCGUCCAGAGGCAAAGUUUUUAAAAAGUGGACCAUGCACAGGUGAAGGACAAUUUAGUGUUUCCUUGAAGUAUGGAAAAACAGAUUCAGAGGGAGCCAUUGAAGUAAAACUUGCAGACCGAGAUGAGAAGAUGUUUGUAUGUGGAACAAGCUGGAGCAUUACGGAGGCCAACGUGGCCUGCUUCUACCUCGGAUUUCAACAAGGUGCUCUUUAUACUCAAAGAAGAGAUCUUGCUAUAAAUUCCACUGAAUGUCUACACGUGCGCUGUCGGGGAUUAGAGACCAGUUUGGCUGAAUGUACUUUUACUAAGAGAAAAACCAGCAGUUCCGAGGGUUUGGCUGGUGUGGUGUGUUACACAGAGGAUGCUGUUUCUCCAACAGACUCCUUUCAAUGUGUGAAUGGGAAAUACAUUCCUCAAAAGAAGGCCUGUAAUGGUGUCAAUGACUGUGGAGACCAGAGUGAUGAGCUGUGCUGUAAAGGGUGCCGAGAUGAAGGUUUUUUCUGUAAAUCAGGUGUUUGUAUUCCAAAGCAGUAUAAGUGCAAUGGUGAGGUGGACUGCAUUACAGGAGAAGAUGAAAUUGGUUGUGAAGGAACUGAACAUCCUGAAAUUAAAGGCCUUCUACAUGCAGAUCAAGAAGAAACAGAAAUUUUGACUGCUGAUAUGGAUGCAGAAAGAAAAUGGAUAAAGUCACUUUUCCCUAAAUUAUCCUGUGGAGUUAAAAAGAACAUGCCCAUUCGACGGAAACGAGUCGUAGGAGGAAAGCUGGCAAAAGUGGGGCAGUUCCCAUGGCAGGUGGCAAUUAAGGAAGGAAAUAAAAUCAACUGUGGAGGAAUUUAUAUCGGUGGCUGUUGGAUUCUGACUGCUGCACAUUGUGUCAGAGCCAGCAAAACUCAUCAUUACCAAAUAUGGGCAUCAUUUACAGACUGGUUAAUGCCCAGCCCUGAGAUAACCGUUCAGUCGGUAAAUGAAGUUAUUAUCCAUGAGAAGUACAAUGGGAGCACUUACCAAAAUGACAUAGCUUUGAUUGAAAUGAAAAAACACCCGAGCCGAAAAGAAUGUAUGCUGUUUAAUUCAGUCCCUGCCUGUGUUCCCUGGUCUCCAUAUCUAUUUCAGCCUAACGAUAAAUGCAUCAUUUCCGGCUGGGGUCGAGAGAGAGAUGACCAAAAAGUCUAUUCACUUAAGUGGGGUGAAGUUCAUCUAAUAGACAACUGCUCUAAAUUUUAUUCAAAUCGCUACUUUGAAAAAGAAAUGUUGUGUGCAGGUACAGAUGACGGUUCCACUGAUGCUUGUAAAGGGGACUCUGGAGGCCCCUUGGUCUGUCAAGAUGCCAACAAUGUGUCUUAUGUUUGGGGUGUUGUGAGUUGGGGUGAAAACUGUGGAAAAUCAGAGUUCCCAGGCGUUUACACCAAAGUGGCCAAUUAUUUUGACUGGAUUAGCCUUCGCGUAGGAAGAUCUCUUGUUUCUCAGCACAAUGUAUGAAGCUGUGAUCUCUCUCUUCUUUCUGCUCUUUUCCUCUCAAGAGUUCCAUUUUAAUUGAAAUGAUACUGCACAAUUAGUACUUCGAGAAAAAGAAAAGACAAUUUUAUUGGAUAUUUUUUAAAAGUCUCUGAAGUUUAUGCUGUAUUGGAAUUUUGCUGUAUAAUUCUCAAAUAAAUAUUUUAGUCAAUCAUA